ACGCAAAGUCUCUCUUCUUGUUGCCAACUGCCAAUCUCUAAACAUUAGAGAGAGAGAGAUUUAUCUGCUUUGUCCUUUUGGAGCACAAUCCGGUUCUUUUCUCACUUAAUUACUCGCCCUCAUCCCUACACGAAUUACCCCCCUUCCCAACCCACCAGAAUGGUCUCUACCCCGCUUGCCAGCGCAAACGCCGCUGAUCCCUCCUCCCGCAAGGUCUUCACCAUCGGCACCCGCAAGUCCAAGCUCGCUCUGAUGCAGACGGAUCUUGUCCAGGCCGCUCUGAAGGCCCGAUGGCCCGAAUAUGAAUUCAAGAUCCAUUCGCGCGAAACCGCCGGCGACCAGAACACCACCCUCGCGCUGCGGGACUUCACCACCAAGAAUCUAUGGACUCAGGAAUUGGAAGAGCUGUUGAUGGCCGGUCAUGUGGAUCUGAUUGUGCAUUCGCUAAAGGACGUCCCUACUCUCCUGCCGCCCUCUUGCACGCUGGGCCCGAUGAUGGACCGGGAGGACACACGCGACGUCCUGGUCGUCAAGCAGGGAUUGUCGUACAAGAGUCUGGCCGAGCUGCCUGCGGGCUCGGUCGUCGGGACAUCCUCCAUCCGUCGCACCGCGCAGCUGGCUCGCCGAUACCCGCACCUGAAGGUGGCGGAUGUGCGUGGGAACAUCGGAACUCGCUUGUCGAAGUUGGAUGCGGAGGACAGUCCGUACAGUUGUUUGAUCCUGGCGGCUGCCGGCCUGCACCGUCUGGAUCUGCAGGAUCGGAUCACCGCCUACCUGGACUCGAAGAACGGCAGCAUGUUCUACGCCGUCGGGCAGGGGGCGUUGGGUAUUGAGGUCCGCAAGGACGAUCAGCUGGUGUCCGACAUGUUGUCCGGUAUCGGCCACAAGGAGACGACUCUGGCGUGCUUGGCCGAGCGGAGCCUGCUGCGCACGCUGGAGGGUGGCUGCAGUGCGCCUCUGGGUGUCGAGUCGGAGUGGAUUCACGCGGCCGAUGGUUCGUCCAAGUUGAGAAUGCGGUCGAUUGUUGUGAGCGUGGACGGCAGAGAGAGCUCCGAGGUGGAAGUUGAUGGAUCUGUGGAUACGCCUCAGUCGGCCGAGGAAUUCGGUGUUACGGUCGCCAACGCUUUGGUGGCUAAGGGCGCCGGAAAGAUCCUCGAGGAGAUCCAGCGGAACAAGCGGGCUCCUCAAUGAUCGCUUGUAUAAAUGGCGCUGUGGUGGAGAUGCUGGUCCUCUCCUUCACUGCAGUCACAGAGGAUACGAUCAGAUGGAUACCCGUACAUGAAAAAGACAUGUUGCAAAUCUAGGAUAGAGUAUGACAUAACAAUGCAAAUCGUAAGACAUAUCUGCG